UGCACCCGCGCGUUCAAGUAUUUGUACCCACAUGCUCGUUCGCAGAGCUCAGUCAGCGUUUGACUCAGUGGUGGCAGGGGAUCCGGUACUUCCACUUGUCAGUAACUCCCCGAUACAGAAAGCAAGUGCACCCCCUCAGCUAGAAAAAAAAAAAAAAAAUAAAAAAAAAAAUGUCAAAGUUGGAUCAGAUCCUAAUUCUCGACCCUCCCUCCGACCUCAGAUUUAAAGGUCCUUUCACAGAUGUAAUAACCACCAACCUCAAACUGAAGAACCCCUCUGACAGAAGAGUGUGUUUCAAAGUGAAGACGACGGCACCGCGCAGGUACUGUGUACGGCCAAACAGUGGUGUCAUCGAUGCCGGAGCAACUGUCAACAUCUCUGUCAUGCUGCAGCCCUUUGACUAUGACCCCAACGAGAAAAGUAAACACAAAUUCAUGGUGCAGACGAUUUUUGCCCCGCCAAAUGUUUCUGACAUGGAUGCAUUGUGGAAAGAUGCGAAACCCGAUGAUCUCAUGGAUUCCAAGCUGAGAUGUGUCUUCGAGCUGCCUUCUGAAAACGAUAAAGUGAAUGACGUGGAGGCGACCAAAGCAGCCCCGGUGAUGAACUCAACUGCAAAGGCUGACCCGACAGCAGCCACGGUGCCUGCCGCUGCCUCACUGGACGAUACGGAGAUGAAGAGAGUGCAGGAGAAGUGCAAGGGGCUUCAAGCUGAGAUGAACAAGCUGGUUGAGGAGAACCGGCAACUAAAGGAGGAUGUUGUUAUAAUGAGAAAGGUACCCCGCUCAGACCACAUGACAUCAAACUCAACUAGCCUCCUCGGCCGAGAAGCCACCACCGCCUCCCUGCCCUCACUUCUCGUCGUCAUAGCAGCCAUCUUCAUCGGAUUCUUCCUAGGGAAGUUCAUCUUGUAGACUGGGAGAUGCAUGCCAGCCGUAUCACCCACCCCAGCUCCGGAAUCAAAAAGGCCUGGAAAAACCAAGAAGUCUUUCUGUUGACUUUGCCAUAUCAUUGGUAGUGUGGCCUACAGUGAACACAUCUGUACAGCAUCAUUUGAAGGCGUCGCCUUUUUUACAAUCUCACACGGUUAGUACACACAGAGAGUUGAGAAAAGGCGACAGAAAAGUGAUUGCUCCCUUUUUUUUGUUUUCUGUUUUUGGAUGGCUGGAUUAUACAGGUAAUUUGGCGGGACAAUGAAAGAUGUAUACUAACAGUCAACAUGGAAGAUGCACCUAGAGGGAACCAUGGGCAAGAGGCAGUCAAAAGAUUUGUUUGUUUUUUUCUUUUUUCUUUUUUUCUCUCUGUUGUUUUUAAUAGGAAUUGAAUGGAAUGUUAGGUGUCUUGUAAAUGUUGUUUUAAAUCCUUUUAAACAAAAAAGGAAAGAACUUCCAUCAAAAUGACCUUGCUACCAGUUGCUGGAUUGCCUCUGAAGUAAAUUUGUUCAGUUUGUAAUUUCUACUUCUUGUCUUGGAAUGUUCAGGUCCAGCUGGGGAUAUAGGUGCCUCCUUGUACGUUUCUGUCCUUUCCUUUUCCUCUCAACACCAAUGCAGACUUUAUAUUAUUAUUAUUAUUAUUAUUAUUAUUAUUAUUAUUAUUAUUAUUAUUAUUACUACUACUACUACAACAAUACAAAGAAUAUAUUCCUUCUGAGGCAAAUAUUGACUGAAAUAAGGUCUCCAUUCUUAAAAUCCUGUCCCAUGGUAUUAAGCAUUGAAGAAAUAAAAAUGACAAAAUGUG